AUGUAUCUCGCCGUUGUGAUGUCAUUCUCGGGUAGACCACUGUUUACUGGAUUUUUUUGUGGCAUCAAAAAUCGUUCGCGUGAUUUUUCGCGUGGCUCGGAACCAAAAAUUGUCAAUGAAGGCGAAGAGAAUACGAGCAAUGAAGAUGGAGCAAAAUAUGUCGAGCUUGAGUCAUUCAAGAAAUUUUUCAGAAGACCAAAAUUCCAUAGUAAAUCGUUUCGAAAAGCCAUUUCUCUCCUUUUUGCGUACGCGAGCUCGUUAGAAGUACGCAAAAACGAUCUACCUCCGGAACUCAUAAGUAGUGAUCAGGAAACAAUGUGGCAGUUUAUCUCACAUCGUUGCAAGCAGAUAAGCAAGGAAUUUAGAAAGAGAUCUACGCUACUGGAAACUGGGCUGAAGCUGCACGAGGAAGCCUUGAGCUCUGAGGAUGACAUGGAUGAUGAUCAGGAAGAAAGUGAGAAGGACGAUUAUGAAGAGGAAGGAGAAGAAGGAGUAGAUUUGCUGAAUCUGAAAGACGAAGACUUAAAAGACUUGGAACGAGAAAUGGCUGCAAUGCAGGGUGAAGAUGAAAAUCAGGAGGGUCAAAAUGAGUAUACAAUUCCGCGCAAAAAAUAUCCGCAUUCGGCUGUGGACGAUAAAUUCUUUAGUCUCGCGGAGAUGAACGCUUUUCUUGAUGAACAGGAUCGUGCAGAAGGUCAAACGCUCAACAUCUUGGAUAGUGUAGAUGACUCUUCAACUGCUGCGGCCGAUUAUCAUUAUGAGGAUUUCUUUGGUAAAAUUGACGGUACAGAAGAAAGUAGUGUAACAAAGGAGAAGAAGGCAAAGAAACGCAGUCGUGCAAAGGAGCUGGAAAGGAUGGAAAAGAAAAAGACAGUGCGAUUUGCUAUGGAUGAAGACCAAUCACUAGAAGAGGGAGAAGGGGUUGCUAUCCAAGAAGAAAAUGGAAACACUCAUGACACUCAAGUUUUAUUGGGAGAUACGGAGGAAUCGCAGCAGGAGACUUCUAGUUUGAAGAAAAGUCUCAAGCGUCUGAAAGAAACAAUCAAAAAGUUGGAAGAAGAGAAUAUGGCUCCGAAAUCAUGGGAAAUGAGUGGGGAGGUGUCUGCGCAGCAAAGGGAAGAGAAUGAAUUGCUUGAAACUCAUCUCGAGUUCGAUCUUGGCAUGAAAAAAGGC